AUGGCCAGUUCGUGGUUUUUGCACGAGGGCUUCGCACUUCUAGCAGGCUGGAGCCAGCCCACGUUGGAGGCGGCCCGUCUGUCGCAUAGAGCCGAGGACGACCUCCACGCGCCGGAUUUGAGGUUGCGACAAGCUGUGGGUUGUGGCGCCGCCGCCCGCGCCGCCGACGAUACAGAGGUGUAA